AUGGCGGCAAAUACAGUGACAUUCAGGGUGUUCAGAGAUGAAGAAGUGUAUGAAGAUUUCGAACUGGAGAAAAUGGCUGCAAUGGAAUCAGUGGUCGUAAAGAAUUUUAUAGACAGAAAAACAGGAAUGGAACCUCUAACGUUUCCUAUUCCUUGUGAUAACAUCAAUAGUAGCAAAGUGCUGGAGAUGGUAUUUGACUACUGUAAAUUCCAUGCUCAUGCAAAAUCCAACACUAUAUCAGAAGAGGAUGUGAACAUAUGGGAUACACAAUUCGUUGAAAAAGCUCUUUCUGCAGAUAAAAAUCAGGCGACCUUCUUGCAAAUUCUUUUGACAGCGAAUUUUCUUGAAAUAAUAGAUCUAUUCGAUUUGUUAUGCAAGGCUGCUGCAGAUUUUCUGAAACAGAAAAAUGUGGAAGAAAUGCGCGAGUUGUUUGAGAGAGAGAAUAAUUUGAGUGAGGAGCAACAGGAGGCAAUCAUGAGAGAGACGGACUGGGCACACGCAUAA